CGUAAUGGCGGCAGUUGUUUUCACGCCGUACCUGUUGCUGCACAUUUCAGUAAAAAUAGUUGUUUCUCGUUGUGUAGUCGGCCAGCGGUUCGCUGACAUAACUUGGCAGCGACAUGAAGACACGCUCGCCUCCCGUUUAUGCGUGCGCAAGCUAUCUUUAAGGUGAAAUCAGCGUAGUUCUGCUUUCUGAUCUUCGUGCGGCGGCACGGCAACGCCUCCGAAAGUACCAACACGGUUGGACUUUGUUCACCUAAGUUUGUGCGACAGACGCUCACGAGCCGGAGUCAUGGGCGUCAAGGACUUGUGGGAGGUGCUGGCACCCGUCGCCCGCAAGGUUCAGCUCGAGGACCUUCGGGGUAAGCGACUGGCCGUCGAUUUGAGCGGUUGGAUUGUCGAAAGCGAGCAAAUGCGUGCCAAGAUGCGCCAGCCGACGAUUAGGAACCUAUUCUUCCGUUGCAACAAGCUGCUGGGCUAUGGGAUCAAGCUGGUCUUUGUUCUCGAGGGCCGGCCCCCUGAAGUGAAGGAGGAAACGCUGUCGCAGAGGAACCAGGUGCGUGGCGGGGAAGGUUCAAAGUCCAGCGGUGGGAUGCUCAUGAGGCAGCGUGGAGGGCUUCAGGCCAUUUCGAGUCAGUGUAGAGAGCUGCUUGAUGCCCUGGGCCUACCCUGUGUGCAGAGCGCAGGUGAAGCAGAGGGCACUUGUGCUUUUCUUGACAAGAACGGGAUGGUGGACGGCUGCAUUACACAAGAUGGCGACGCGUUUCUCUACGGUGCCAAGACGGUCUAUCGGAAGCUCUGCAUGGAAGACAAGGAUCCCCAUGUUCUGUCAUACAAGAUCUCGGACAUUGAGAACAAGCUUGGUCUGGAUCGCGAGAAGCUUGUGGCGCUGGCCGUUCUUGCUGGGUGCGACUACUUUUCCGGAGUCCGGAGCGUUGGCAAGGAGACGGCGGUAAAGUUGCUAAACAAGUUCGGGGACACCGGGUCCCUUGAAAGGCUACGAGAUUGGACAAGAGAUGCAAAGUAUUCCAAGCUCCAGGAGACUCUCGACACAAACUGUAAGAAGCCAUCGCACUGUGGAAACUGCCAGCACCCUGGUACGCAGAAGACUCACCGCGUCGAUGGGUGCAACAUGUGCUCUACCGAUGCGUCCUGCACAAAGUCAGUGGUCUCCAACUGCACGUGCAAAUGGCACAAGGCAGAAGCUGUGAAAAGCCACUGGAGGAUGGAACUGGACAUCCGAAAGAAGGCGCUCGACGAGUACGACGAGUUUCCUCCUGAAAACGUAAUAUCCGAGUUCCUGACUGAGCGGGACAACAUCCAGUGUAUCGACAGCAACUGGCAGUUUCCAUCUGCAAAAAAAUUUGAGGAUUUCAUGUUCACCAAGAUGGGCUGGAAGCCUGAAACAAGUCGAGAAAAGCUCUUCCCUCUGUUGACCCGCUGUCAUCUAGAGCAAGGCGGAAGCAGCUGCGAGGAAGUUGCCUCGUUAAAACCCGUCAAGAUCGUGAAGCAACGAGUGCAGAGGAAUGCCGACUUCUACGAAGUCGAAUGGCUGGCGACUGAACUGUGGGCACAGUCAUCGCCACCAAAUACAUUGGAGCCCCAGGAGCUGUUUGAGAGCGUCUAUCCAGAACUGGUGAAGGCAUUCGACGAUGAACAGAGCCAGAAGAGCAAGAAGAAAAUUGUGGUCACCGAUGAGACCAACAAUGACAUACGAGGGUACUUUACCGUCACGUCUGGAAAGUCGCAGCAAGUCGUCAAAGACGAAAGCGAGGGCACGGGUGAGAAGAAGCUGGGAAAAAAUGCCGCAAGCAUUGCUUCAAAAAAGACGAAAUCUUCACCAGCUGGCAAGAGCCGGUCAGUCACAACACGACUGCGGAAGCCAAAGUCGUCGCCACCCAAGGUCACUGGAACCGUCGACCGUUACUUUGAGCGGUCGCCAAAGUUUCCUGCCAAGCCAUCGGACUCUUUUGUCGACUCCUCACUGGACGAAUUCAACAUUCCAUUGUCGCAAAGAAUAACGGGAGCGACGCAAGGACAAGCCGCCACCCAACCGACAAGUUCAGCAGACGACGCUGCUCCAGGAGAGCCGGCCAAGUCACUCGAGCCAACGCAUGUUGCCACUCCUGAAUCUGGUUCAAUUCUGCAAGAUUCUGUAGUUAUGGUGGAGGAAGUCUUGUGUGGCAGGAAAGAUGGCCCAUCGGCUAAGAUCACACCAGAUAGCUCGCCAAGCUUCUCUGAACCAGCGUCUAGCGCAGCCUCGUUAUCAAGUUUGCCUGAACAGAAGCCCGCUGGUGUAUCUGUACCAGAGAACCUGGCAUCACAACCCCCCAAUGAGGCGAGCAGAAGCACCUCUUCGACUUCUUCGAACUUGUCAAAACCGGCAAAAAGUAUCAUUUCGACGGAUAAAGGCGGGGUCUUUGCGAGUACCGUAAGCACUACAAAGGAGGACAUCUGCAGUACCAACGACGAUUGCCUGAAGAGCGAUACCAGAAAGCCUUCUUGGCCAGCGAGUUUCAACCUUUCCAUCUCUGAUUCGCUGAAAGCAGAGUUCAUGACAUCCAUACAGCUUAGCGACGGCGAAGUUGACGACGUGAAAAACGACAUUGGCUGCACGCCGCCGAAGCGGAGAAGCCUAUCAUCACGAAGAAGCGUUAUGUCACCAUCUGAAACGACUGCAAAUCGACUGGGAGGUGGAGAUGUCGAUGGGGUAAUGAUGUCAGGUUGUGUGGAACCCGAAGGUUUACGUGACCGUCGAAGCUCUGGGAGGCGCCGGCUCUGCUUCAACGACACAAUGACGUCCACACCUGUGCUCAAGGAGCACUUGAAAAGAGCGGAGGUUAAAAUGGAAAAGCUGUCAGAUGACAUGCUGGCAUCAUUCGUGUCUCCAGGAACCAAAUCAACGGAGUUGGAGAAAAGCUACGAUCGCUCGGCGCCACUUUUUGACUCCAAAGGUGAGUCCUUGGAACUGUCGGAGAAGAAUAGGCAAUCGUCAGUCAUUGUCAUAUCCGACGAUGAGGAGGAUUGCUGAAAUCGCGAUACUGUUUUGGAGAAGAGUUGUUGUCAUAUCUGUAUAAUAUGAAAGAUUGAUGCUAUUGUGUUGUUCUGCAGGAGUCUUUGGUAAUAGCAUAUUUCACGACGUUAAAGAGUGCUCAAGUUGUGAUAGUAUUGCAAUGGGGGAAUGCUUCAUAUGCUAAUUGUGCCCAAAAGGUAAAUGUAUAUAUGUUUCUGUGGCAGUGGACAUUUUGUAUUUCACAAAACAUGCAUACUUGCAAGUUUUGUGAAAAGAUAGAGGUGAUUGCGCAAGUUCUUGCUUGUUAGCCAGUAUAAUGAAUCUAAAGCCCUGUUUGCAUUAUUGCUAACAGACUGUUGUAUCAUUUCUUUUUUCUUUGCCUUAUGAAUUAUAUCUGUGAUUUUCUGCCUUUAGGUAACAUGUUUAGUUGGUUUUGUUAAUAAGUUUGGAGAUCAUAAUGAACAAGGUUGUUUGGGUUAAUAGACCAUUGGUGGUACUUAAGAAGCAGACUACAGGUUUAGACUGAUGCUUGAGAUAUCCAUGGCUCAGCUGAGACGCUACUGUGUCCAACUCGUUGUAACACUUCAUUUGUUCGUGUUAAGCAUGCUGCAUUUUAAGCAACAAUAGAAUGUCCUGGUAGCCAUGCAUCUCACAGACAAAAGCUUGUUUUGUGUAAUAAUCCCAAUGAGGCAUUAAAUGCAAAAGAAACUGAAGAAAGUCAAACACAUACUUGAUAGUACAUUAUCCGUAGAGCUCCUGGGGAACCAUGCUCCCCGUGACAUUUCUAAAAGGAAUGGUACGCACAUCUUGAAAAUCAGUGUUUAUGUUCCAAGUACAUUCAGAAUUGCUCUCACUGAAACUUUACUGCACCUAAGACAAACUGUGUUGAAGAAAUAUAGUUACAUUAUUUAUUGACGAGUGCAGGCUUUAAGCCAUCGCUGUUGCAAGAAAAAUUGUGUGCUUUUGAUUUCCAGGCUGUCUAAAGGAAGGAUUCAUAUCUUCUCUAAAUAGCGUCUUAGUUUAAGCAUUACUAUGGUGUCUACAAUUGUGAACGUUGCGAGUGACGGGGUUAAUGACUUGUAAAAUAGUGUCAACUUGUUUAGAGGACUAACGUUCAGCAAAGCUUCAACUUGGGCUAGUUUGUACGACAUUCUGGGUGAAAGGCACACAGGACAAAUCACUGCUUGUGGAGUUCUUUUUGUCGUUCGUCCUUCAUGCCUUUCGCCCAGUGCAACUACAUUAGAAUUGUUUAGAGGAGUAAUUGAUGGGCUUAAUCCUUCGGAUUGAGCUGUGCCUGCUCGUCAAUAUGAGAUAGUUCUUUAAUUUCUAAAUAUUACGGAGCCCGUAACGACUACUGCCAUAAUCUUUGCUGUGCUUUCAUAGUGUAAAACAUACUUUGGGGAACUCAACACUUGUAUUUUCAGUUUCUGAUUCGUUUCAUAAAUCCGAAGUAAACCAGAUUUGUAAAAACAAAUAUGUCUUUUAUGAAUUUUUGAGGUUUGCUUUGAGCUCUUGUGUACCAGCGAGUGGUUAUCUUGCCGGCAAAAUAUCUUUUAUGGUGGCAGCAACGCGUUGAGCUUCACUUCAAUGAAAAUUAGGACAUCUUGUCAACAGCUGAAAAUGCAAAUACAGAUCCUGCAAAUUUAUAAUGGAAGUGUGAGCCAUCGUUCAUUUGUAUGCAAGAUUACAACCCUCGUUUUGUGUCGAUGCCGUUAUCGUACCCAAAACGUCCCAGUGCUAUGUGUGAAAACUGAAAACUUAGUCAUUGAUUGAAGAGAAAGGUGGUUCAGCAAAAUGUUGCUAUGUGAAUAGUGUGCAUCGUGUGCUUUAUGUUUUCUUGUAUAAAUGGGAAAGAAACUUUUAUUGAGAGCCGGAGAUUUCUGCCAGUGUGCAUGCGAUCUAUGACACACUACUCUGCAUAGAGAGGGGAAUGCUAAAAUUGUGCUAAGUACCUUAUUUUAUCACUUUUUAGCUGGUACAACUGCUGUAAGCAAACUGCAAACGUUUUUAAUUUGUGGUUCACGCAAGAAACAUUUUUAUGGGAGAUUUUAGCAGCUUAUGACGAUGGACACGCUACAUUCCAUCCUCUCUUGUGUGUCUUUUAGGCAGGACAAAAGGCAUUGGGUUUCAACUGUAGAGUUUUCAAUGCCAGAGGCGUUUUUCUUUUAUUUGAUAUGACUGGACAUCACUAAGACUUGUGUAUGAACUGUACAUUUCAUGUGGUGCAACUUGAAGCUUUCUGUAUUUUAGUCUUAACUUUUUGACAGAUUGUGUGGGGCCAAAGAAGAUUUAGAACUGUUCCAUAGUAACCUAAUCUACCAAUAAUUGUUGCUUGUAUAUUUGUUUUGAGUUGCUGGAAACACAGUGUGUGAUUGCUAAUUGUGUAUCUUUUGACCAAACACAUCGGCAAUUGCUUGCUGUUGCCGCAUUUCGACUGUAGCCAUUUUAAAGAUUUCUUUUAGAGGCCAAGAAACUGCGUUGCAAAUUUUAUGUAGUGAUUUAAAAUUACAUUUUGUCUUGCCUUUGAUGUAUUUAGGUACCAAUGUAUAUUUGGAACCUGUUUUUAGUUGCCCUUUGAAGCUGUUUUUACGUUUCACUGUGUGACAUGAAAUGGAAAGCUGAAAACAAUCUUAUAAUAAAAUGAGCAAC